AGUUGCUGGAUUAAGCCAUGAGCCUCCAACUGCGUGGCUGGGCUCGGUAGCACAUCGUGGGGUUUGGCCCUGCGGUGACCAGAGCAACCCAAGCCGCCACCAUGGUGAAAUUGCUAGUGGCCAAAAUCCUUUGCAUGGUGGGCGUGUUCUUCUUCAUGCUGCUUGGCUCCCUGCUCCCCGUGAAGAUCAUCGAGACAGAUUUUGAGAAGGCCCAUCGCUCCAAAAAGAUCCUGUCUCUCUGCAACACCUUUGGAGGAGGAGUGUUCCUGGCCACGUGCUUCAACGCUCUGCUGCCUGCUGUGAGGGAAAAGCCCCGCGAGACCUGGAGCAUAGAGCCCAGCUAGCCCACACCUGGAUUCCUGCCAUUCAGAGCCGAGACACCCCCUUCCUGCUGUUCUGCGUGGCUGAGUCUGCGUUCAUUUGUUACGCAGCAUGUGGAGACUGACAUCAGCGCUGCGAGGAUGGAGAUCUUGGUCGUCUCUGAUGUCUCCUGCGUCCCAGAGGCCACUGCCGGUCCCCUUUUCCCCCAGAGUCAUGGCGUCACCCCGUCACCCUCUGACUGCAGGCCUGGGCGACUGCAGGGAGCUCGCUUUUCCCUCCCCCUCAUCACAGUGGCCUUCUCACAGCACCUAAACCUUCCCCUGCCGUUCCCCUGCUCUUGGGCUGGCUGGGCGGAUGAGGUCGCUCCUCCUGAGCCGCCAGCGUCACCCACUGCAGGGCCAGGCUCUCAGUCACCCCUGGAAAACGGUGCCUGGUUCACAGCUCCUGUGCGUCUGCCUCAUCUCUCCUGAUCAAUGUCCAUCUCUUGGGAGUAACCAGAUUUCCUUGUGAGCUUGUCCCCAAGCGAGGCACGCACCAGCCGGUGGUCAGUGAGGGAGUUAAGUGGCUUCUCCGUGGAAACACAGCCUUCCGCUGCAGCAGAGGCUCACCCAGCGUGAUCUGCCCCGAGGAAACACUGAGCGAUGUCUGGGGACAUUGUGGUUGUCAGGACUGGGGAUGCUUCUGGCCUGGAGUGGGUGGAGGCCAGAGACACUGCUCAGCAGCACCCUGCAGCGCCCAGGACGGCCCCAUCCCAGAGAACAAUCCAGCCCCAAAUGUCAACACCUUUCCCCUACCCAAGUUGUGAAAAUAAAAAAUGUUUCCGGACAUU